AUGGAAUCAGACAGUGAUAUGACUAUAAGCGACCGGGAAAAUGCUGGAGAAAGUGAGGAUUGGGAGUUAGAAGGAAGCGAGGAUUGGGAGGCAGAAAGCAGCGAGGAGGAAGAGGAUUGGGAGGUAGAAAGCAGCGAGGAGGAGGAUGAGGAUUUGGACGUAGAAAACAGCGAGGAGGAGGAGGAGGAGGAGGAGGAAAAGGAGGAAGAGCGGGCGAAAGGAAAGGAGAAAGUAGAAGGCAAUGAUCGGAUUAGUGAAUUACCAGAUGCAAUAGUUGAAGACAUACUAUCAUAUAUGCCAAUGAUGGAUGCUAUAAAAACGAGUAUAUUGUCUGAGAGGUGGCGAUGGUCUCGUAAACUUCAUAAGUUUGUCUUGAGAUCAGAUUACACAACCUUUUUGACUCCGACAAUCAACUCCUGUCUUCAUCAAUUGGUGCUUAAGCAUGUCGAGGAGCUUUGCUUGGAUUUCGAUAGUUAUCAGCUUCCUAGCUUAUACUUGCUGCCGCCAGAAAUUUACUCAUGUGGAUCGAUGAAAAAAUUAAGCUCAACUCUUUGCCAGAUAUUUCCUACUGCUACUGUGAAUUGGAGAACACUCCGAGAUCUUUCUAUUGCGAAUGCUUUUCUCAAUGAUCAUGUGAUUCAAAUGCUUCUUGUGGGCAGUCCUCGACUGGAAUCACUGUUAUUAAGAAAUUGCGGAGGGUAUAACCAUAUCAACUCAACUACUCUGAGAAGACUCGUAAUAGAGUAUUAUGGAAAUGAUCCUGAUCCGACGACAUGGCUAGAGAUUGAUGCUCCCAAUCUUCAUUCAUUGGAGCUUAUAGGUUGUAUGAGGAUUAAGCUGCAAAGUUUGAGGAACUUAUUGUCGGCCUUGGUGCAUGUCACUCUUACAUUCUCACUGGACGAUGUUAUCAAUCCUGUUACAACCAUUGAUAAUAAUGUAGCCGAUGUUUAUCAAGACAUGGUGAGCCGUCUUCUAAACAAAAUUCGUCAUGCCAAGUAUCUUACAGUUGGAACAUGGCCAAUUCAGACUCUCUCAACACUUGAAUUACAGAAAUUUCCUCCGUCCAUUAUCUUACUGUGUAAGCACUUGACAUUGGAUAUCAAUCUAUGUGCAAAGGGAUUCCCGGGCAUCAAUAGACUGUUAAGAUCUUCACCCAACUUAGAGAAACUUGUUGCAGAUUUGUCUGGCUUUCAUGAAUAUGAGGAAUAUGAAGGAGGUCCUAGGCAUAUAUGGAAUUUCAAUGCCAAGAACUACUGGGAAUCGAAGAAACUGCUAUCUCAUUGUCUGAAGACUGUUGAGAUUAUUGGCUUUACUCAUAAUGUGCUUGAAAUAGCAAAGUUUUUGUUACAACAUGCACAGGGCUUGGAGGCGAUGAUCUUCCGUAAAUCAAAGGGCAAUAAUAGGCAGAGAUAUUUUGGCCAAGGGGAUGAUUUCUUUGGAAUAAUCAAGAAAUUGCUGAGCUUUCCGCGGUCCUCACCUCAUGCCAAAAUCCUAAUCGAGUGA